GUUGUUUUCUUUCUUCGUGUCUCUCUCGCUUCAAAAGUAAAAAAGAAAAGAAAAGAAAACCCUAGAAAGGGGAAAUCGGGCCUGUUUUCAAUGGAAGAAGAAGGAGAUCGACAUUCCUCUCUCAAGCAAAAGAUCCGGUCUUCGAUCUGUUUCUCGUGCUGCUUCCGCAGCGGCAGUGGCAAGGAGGAAUCGCAGGAGCAGGACGAACGGCCGAGAUUGAUCCGGGCGUCAUCGUCGUGGCUGCGAUCGAGGGUGCAGGAUCUGCCGGAACUGAAGGAGAAGUACAGGAACGCGAUUUCUCGGAUGGGGAGAAGCCGGAGGCAGUCGGGUGAUUUCCGUUACGACCCGCUGAGUUACGCUCUGAAUUUCGACGAGGGAUCGGAGGAGUUCGAUGCUGAUGAGUUCAGGUUCCGCAAUUUCUCCUCUCGGUUGCCGUCUUCGCCUCCGCACCCUAUCGUUUCUCAGGAGAUUUCUGUCAUUAGUUAGGGUUUUCUUAGUGUUUCUUCCAAUCCCUCUCUCCCUCUCUCCAUUGUAUUAUAUGCGAUUGACGUUUGAGGAGUUUCCGUCUCUGUAUUAUAUUUGCGCUUGAGAAGUUUUAAGGAUUUCUC